CGGUAGGUCACCGGGUAUAAAAUACCCCGCCCAGAUGCGACUCGUCAUCUGUUACAUCUUGCACAAGACUCAUAAAGGUCUUACUGUGGGAGAUAAUCUUUUCCUUUUUGGAAUCACAGCUCUAUACUUUUUCAUCUUUAUAAAAUCAUGCGUGAGUGUAUUUCAGUGCACGUUGGUCAGGCUGGCGUCCAGAUUGGAAAUGCCUGCUGGGAGCUUUACUGCCUGGAACAUGGGAUCCAGCCGGACGGACAGAUGCCCAGCGACAAGACCAUUGGAGGAGGAGACGAUUCCUUCAACACCUUCUUCAGUGAGACUGGAGCUGGAAAACACGUCCCCAGAGCUGUUUUUGUCGACCUGGAGCCCACUGUCAUUGAUGAGGUGCGUACUGGGACCUACCGCCAGCUGUUCCACCCUGAGCAGCUGAUCACUGGUAAGGAGGAUGCUGCCAACAACUACGCCCGUGGACACUACACCAUCGGUAAAGAGAUCAUUGACCUGGUGCUUGAACGGAUUCGCAAGCUGGCUGACCAGUGCACCGGUCUUCAGGGCUUCCUGGUCUUCCACAGCUUUGGUGGUGGCACCGGCUCUGGUUUCACCUCCCUGCUGAUGGAGCGUCUGUCCGUUGACUACGGCAAGAAGUCCAAGCUGGAGUUCUCCAUCUACCCAGCUCCCCAGGUUUCCACCGCUGUGGUGGAGCCCUACAACUCCAUCCUGACCACCCACACCACCCUAGAGCACUCUGACUGUGCCUUCAUGGUAGAUAACGAGGCCAUCUACGAUAUCUGCCGUAGGAACCUCGAUAUCGAGCGUCCUACUUACACCAACCUGAACAGGUUGAUCAGUCAGAUUGUGUCCUCCAUCACUGCUUCCCUUCGUUUCGAUGGUGCUCUCAAUGUUGAUCUGACGGAGUUCCAGACCAACUUGGUGCCAUAUCCCCGUAUCCACUUCCCUCUGGCCACCUAUGCCCCUGUCAUCUCUGCUGAGAAGGCUUACCAUGAGCAGCUCACUGUAUCUGAGAUCACAAACGCCUGCUUUGAGCCAGCCAAUCAGAUGGUGAAAUGUGACCCUCGCCACGGUAAAUACAUGGCUUGCUGCCUGCUGUACCGUGGUGAUGUAGUGCCCAAAGAUGUGAAUGCUGCCAUUGCCAACAUCAAAACCAAACGUUCCAUCCAGUUUGUGGACUGGUGUCCCACUGGUUUUAAGGUUGGCAUCAACUACCAGCCUCCCACCGUGGUUCCUGGUGGAGAUCUGGCCAAGGUCCAGAGGGCUGUGUGCAUGCUGAGCAACACCACUGCUGUUGCAGAGGCCUGGGCUCGCCUUGACCACAAGUUUGAUCUGAUGUACGCUAAGCGUGCCUUUGUUCACUGGUAUGUGGGUGAAGGUAUGGAGGAGGGAGAGUUCUCUGAGGCCAGAGAGGACAUGGCAGCUCUGGAGAAAGAUUAUGAGGAGGUUGGAGCUGAUAGCCUGGAAGACGAUGAGGAAGGAGAAGAGUACUGAGAAAACCUCCUUCCCUUAUUAGUCUGUGUACUUUUAACAAUAAGUAAAUUAUCCCACUGUAGGAUAAACUUAAAGGAAGGAUCUUAUCUUAAUAAAGAUUGUUCAGUGAAUUCA